AUGUGUUUACAAGUGGAAAGUAAAUAAUUAAAUUCCAUUAUAAAAUAAUAUAUUGCAAGAAGGAAAUCUAUUUGGAUUGUCCUAAUUAUUGUAAUAUUUGCAUGUUUAAUGUUUAAUAAAUACAAUUUUAUUUCUUUUUAAUGAAAAUUGAAAAUAUUUGAACAGGACCAAACUGUUCCUUUCGUUUCACGUGUACAUAUAUUCUUUUGUUUUCUUAUCAGUUUCCUAUUUCUCAUUGAUCUCAUCGUGUAGAGGCUGCUGUAAAUGGAGACUCGACAAAAAUCUGGUCAUUCUCCUUUUGAGAAAUGUUUAAUUUCUCAUCUGUCGUGAACAGACAGCAGAAGUAUUAAAUAAGAUAUUAAUAGUCUAUAAAGAAUAACAAAAUAAUGAAUAUUAUGUAGAAUUAAAAAUUACACAAAUCAAACAAAUCGACGUGUUUUGAUAUCAUUUUUUCUGACAUUCAAUUAAUUGAAGCCGUUUCGCGCCAAAACUUGGCCGCUUUCCCUUUGGCUAGUGCAGUGCGCUUGCCCCUUUAAUCUCAAUUUAAUUUCUAUGUUGCGUAGCAAAUCGCAGAGGGCGUGAGAAACAUUUUGAUUUUCCCGUGGCUGGUAAUUCAGAAUGUGAAACACGAGUACAAAGCGAAGUCUCAUGUAAAUGCCUCACGUCUAUUUUUAUUCAAUGUUACAAUGUUGCUUUACAUAGAUGGAUUGAUAACAUUGAAAAUAACACAAAAGUCCGAAUUGUUGGUUUCCCACCUAUCUCAUCUAUGACAUUUCGACAUUUAAACAUCUCCAAUUUGAUCGUCUCUAUCAAGCAAAUAACAAAUUAA